AUGAGCUCAGAAAGCUUAACGCCUAAAGAUACUAUAGUUCCGGAAGAACAAACAAACCAACUGCGGCAACCUAAUUUAGAUGAGGACAGCAUUAGUUACAAUUUAGAAGGUGAUGAUCUAGAGUCAUUAGAGACUAUUGCCUCUUAUGCCUCAACCUUGGUGUCGGCAGAAGUGUAUACCAAAAAGGAAGUAAAUAAGGUCACUGACAUUGAAAGCCAGCCACAUUGGGGUGAGAAUACCUCGUGCACGCACGACAGUGACAAAGAAGAAGAUUCCAGCGAAGAAGUUGAAAAUUUCCCGGAAGGCGGACUCAAGGCUUGGGUUGUGACGUUCGGUUGCUUCUUGGGUUUGAUUGCAUGCUUUGGUCUACUAAAUUCAACAGGGGUCAUAGAAAGUCACCUACAGGACAACCAAUUAGCCGGUGAAAGUGUUUCUACCAUUGGCUGGCUGUUUUCUCUAUUUCUUUUUGUUUGCUUUGCCUCAUGUAUCAUUAGUGGUACUUACUUCGAUAGAAAUGGAUUUAGGACGAUUAUGAUUGUAGGUACUGUUUUUCAUGUGGCCGGCCUAUUUGCCACCGCUAACUCCACCAAAUAUUGGCAUUUUAUACUGUCCUUUGCCAUAGUCUGUGGGUUUGGUAAUGGUAUUGUACUGAGUCCCUUAGUAAGUGUUCCCGCUCAUUAUUUUUUCAAAAGGCGCGGUACUGCUUUGGCAAUGGCCACUAUUGGUGGUAGCGUAGGUGGCGUCGUUUUUCCAAUUAUGUUGCGUAGUUUCUUCUCUAUGAAGUCAGGCACUGAUUCGAGUUAUGGCUUUGUUUGGGGUAUCAGGACGUUGGGAUUUCUAGACCUGGCCUUGCUAACCUUGUCAAUCAUCUUAGUCAAAGAGAGGCUGCCACACGUUAUUGAAAGUUCCAAAGAGGGAGAAUCACGUUUGAAAUACAUACUCAGGGUUUAUAUCCUACAAUGUUUUGAUGCAAAGGCCUUCUUAGAUAUGAAAUAUCUGUUUUGUGUUCUUGGGACAGUAUUUGGUGAAUUAUCCAUUAAUUCAGCUCUAACUUAUUAUGGUUCAUACGCUACCAGUCAUGGCAUUUCUGCAAAUGAUGCCUACACCUUGAUUAUGAUUAUAAAUGUCUGCGGCAUACCCGGGAGAUGGGUUCCCGGCUAUUUAAGUGAUAAGUUCGGUAGAUUUAACGUCGCCAUUGCAACUUUACUCACAUUGUUUAUCGUCAUGUUCGUUGGUUGGUUACCAUUUGGUACCAACCUGACAAAUAUGUACGUCAUUAGUGCCCUAUAUGGGUUUUGUUCUGGAAGCGUCUUCUCCUUACUUCCUGUUUGCUGUGGACAGAUAUCUAAGACGGAAGAGUUCGGCAAACGUUACUCUACAAUGUAUUUCGUCGUCGCCUUCGGCACUUUAGUUGGCAUUCCGAUAACGGGCGCCAUCAUCUCUAACAAAACAACAGCCGAUUACCAACACUAUAUCAUUUUCUGUGGUUUGGCAACUUUCAUCAGCGCUGUUUGCUACAUAGUUUCGAGGGCAUACUGUGUUGGCUUCAAGUGGGUCAGAUUUUAA